UAUUAUCCAUUUUAAUUUUAGUUAUGAGCACGAAGAUGUGUGAAUCUCAGUUCGUGAUUUUUAUUUAUCUGUCGAGUUAUUCUGUUAAAAGCACGAUUUAAGAUAGUACUAUCUAAUAAAUAGUGGCAUAAAUUAAUUAGUCAGUUAUAAAUUAUAAUUUAUAUUUAUAUUGUACAUCAGCUCUAUGGUUGUAUUAAACUACCUCAAUUUUUAUUUUUAUAAAUUCAUUUAUUUCACAUUGCUUAUACACGUGCUUCGUACAUAUCAAUUAAUAAUAAUUUAAUAAUUUUUGUUCCUUUAUUUUAAUAACAAUAACAAUCAUUUAAACAAUAUAAUGUUAUGAUACUCAUCAUUCUUUAUUUGUUUUGCAUUAACACUUUAUAAUUUGAAUUACAAAUUACAAUAUGAUGUAGGAUCGAUGUUGUUGAAAAAUAUUUUUUGUUUUAACUUAAAAGACSUGAAAAUAGCCACUGCGAAUUUUUUAUUGUAUGUACACUUUUUUUUAUUUUAAAUUUUUUCCAUCUAAACUUAAGUAGGUAACAAAUGUUACUACACAGAAAACAUCUUACAUACUAUUUCCUGGCGAGUUUUUCAUUCAUAUUAGGAUGCACAUUGACAAUGUUCAUUUUGCACACAAUAACGUUUAAGCCAAACACUUCACCAAAUGGACUUAGACUUAGUUUGCUUGUACUCAUAAUAUCAGCAGUAAAAAAUCAAAAUCGUCGUGAUGCUAUACGUGAAACAUGGGCUCAACCAAAAGAAGACGUUAAAAUACUUUUUGUUGUAUCAAAAGAUAAAUCUUUAAAUGCUGAAAAGUUGGUAUACAAUGACAUGUUAGAAGUAGAUGAAGAAGAGGGGUACAGAUUACUUACUCGUAAAGUAGUAGCAUCAUUCUCCAGUGUACAUGAUAUUAACUUUGACUAUUUGUUAAAAUGUGAUGACGACUCUUUUGUCAACAUGCCAUUAAUUAUCAAUGAGUUGAAACAAAUGCCCAAAACAAGGUUCUAUUGGGGCUAUUUUGAUGGUAAUGCACAUAUUAAAAAAAAGGGUAAAUUCAAAGAAACUGAAUGGAUAUUAUGUGAUAGAUAUUUACCAUAUGCCUUGGGAGGUGGCUAUAUUUUGUCCAAAGAUCUUAUUACCUAUAUAGUAAAGAAUCAAGAUUACCUAAGUAUGUUUGCUAGUGAAGAUGUUUCUGUUGGCGCUUGGUUGAGUCCAUUAAAUAUAACAAGAAAACAUGACCGGCGAUUUGACACUGAAUGGUAUAGCCGUGGAUGUCAAAAUGAUUAUUUCAUAACACAUAAACGUAAUCCUGAAAUGAUGAGACUUCACUGGUCACAUUAUAUUCAGACUGGAAAAAUAUGUGAUAAGGAGUUAAAGCAUAUGGCGUCCUAUGAGUAUGACUGGUCAGUAAUGCCAUCUAAAUGUUGUGUGAGAAAUUUGUCUUUAAUUCCAUAAAUACAUUUUCUAACUAAAAAAGACUGCUGUACCUAACUAUUAAUUUAAAAUAAGAGUUUUGUUUUCAGUUUUUGAAAAGAAAAAAUUAUAUAAUAUCAUUAAUUAACAAUACAAGUUUAAAAUAGAACAUUUUAUUCUCAAUGUGUAUGCAAUUCUCAAAGACAAUAAUAUUACAAAUUACAAUAGUUAAAUCAAUUGUUCUUAUCACUGUAUAUUAUUUGUAUAUACAUA